CGGCAGCCGGUGGGCGAAUGACUGUCAGGGCAAAUGGCGGACUGACUCGAUCGGUGGAUCGGACCCAGCGGCGGGCAGUGAGACAGACGCGUCGCUUACCGACCGAAUGGACCUGAUGGGGGCGUCUAGCAAUGUUCUGGAGAAUGACACCGGAAUUACAAUCUGCAGCAGUGAGGGUCGAGUGUCAAUGCGCUCCAGUCUCAACAAACACUUCAAUAGGGGUUGGAGGGAACAGCCGGAAAUUCCGGGCGACACCCAUGACUUAUGCACACAAACUCAAACUCAAAGUCUUCGUUAUGAGACUUACUGCGAGGUAUUGCGAGGUAUCGCUUUUACUCUAUAUGGUCGUGGUAGAUGGUUGCUUGUAUUACCUUUCCUCUUUCUGCUUUGCGCGCAUCUUGAGCCGCUCUAGGAGAUUUUUUUCGGCUGGGGACGUCGUCGGCGAUGCGAGUGUCUCUGCGAGUGCGACAUGAACAACCCCUAACUGCCGUCCUACACGAGCCAGACCGCACUUAUGGUGGCCUCUGCCGUACACCCAU